CAAACUAAGCAAGCUAUAGCUACAUUUUUAAUAACAAAAUUGAAAUGAAAGACAACUUUGCUUUGUUGCAAUGGAUAAAUUCAAUGGUAAGCAGUCCGCACUGCCACAAGCUGCAGGAUCUGAGCAAUGGCGUCAUACUGUGUCGUCUAAUGGGCAAACUGCAGCCGGACAGCAUUGCCAGCGUGCUAAUUAUUAAUCGUCCUGGCAAUACCAACGAGGCGCUGCAUAAUUUUAUGCUGCUGCAGUCCGCCUGCACCAUGUGCCAGAUCAAUUGGAGCUGGCGCAUAAAGCAGCUGACUGCAGGCAAUGAGCACGAGCUGCGCACGCUGGCCAAACGCUUAUCACGCUUAACGCGCAUACGCUUGAACUUAACGCCAGCGACGCUGCCGAACAGCCAGCAACAACGUUGCUUUACACGCGUUGUGGCAGGACAACAGCCAAUGUCCUUGAGCGCCGAGUCCAAUGAGCUACAAGAGUCAACGCAUUCCGAUUCGCUGGACUUGCCCGAAGAUGAAUCAACGUUGACAACUAAGCCUUCAAUUGAGCUGCUGCAUGAUCUAGAUUUGGAGCAGCUGCUCAAUCGUCAGCGCUUGCAGCUGGUAGCACAGCGAGCCGCUGCUCCCAAGUCCAGCUCCCAAGCUGAUCCAUAUAAACCACUAAAGCAGCGCAAGCUCAACAGCACAUUUAAUGACUUUGAAGCGUUGUGCACUUGCCGCAGUUGCAUGCAAAACGCAGCAGCAUUAACUUUCUAAUCAGAGUAUCAAAUAAAUUCACUUCAGUAUUAAUA